UUCACACACAAAAUGGCUUCAUCUGCUCCACAAGGAUCUCUCGAUCCUCUCACCGGGAAAGACCCAGCGAAGGCGUUAACCGCCGUAGCUUCCGGAUUUUUCGAGAACGUGAAGAAAAACAAGCAAAGCUUCUUCCAAUUCGCCGCGAUGACUGGGAUCUUGCUUCUUAGCUUCCGAUCCGUAAGUCAGAAGUACCGAAUCCACGAUCUGGAGGAAGACACUGCUGUUCUCAAGAAGGAGAGCGAUACUUUGACGGAACGUUUGGGGAGAAUCAAGAGCGAUCUUUUGCAUCAAGCGUCGAUUGACUCUACCGGUGUUUUUGCUUCUCGACUCCGUCUGCUUUUCGGGGAAGAUAGGAAGUGACCGGAGAUUGAGUUUUGGUUCGAAGUCAACGAGGUUAGGCUUGGGGGAUUUGUCUGAGGCAUUUCAUCGAACACUUUAACUGCGUUUUGAAUGUAAGAGAUUUUUACAUUAUUGGUAAUAAAGGUUAAACCCAACUGCACUAUGCAUAUUUCGAUUUCGGAAGUGGAAACUAGAUUUGAAAGUGUCACGUGAUUGUUUGGUAGUUCACCUGACCAGUCUAUUCAAUUUGAGUAUUAUGAUAUGCAAUUUGAAGUAAGAUUUGAUUUCAAUUAGGUCAUUAAUCCCAUGAUCAUUCCUGUUUGGUUGAUUAGUGAAACCGUUUGUUGAAUUAUCGUAAUUAGUGGGGAUAAUAGACCUUAUACGAUAUUUUUUUUCUCUCUUUUUUUUAAUCAAAAUUUGACUUAUCAUCGAUUUUGGUUCUGUCUUUAGAAUAAAGAACCUGGAUGGGUAAUAGUUAAUGUAGUUCCCGGGCAUGGCCGUAACGUCGGCUUUUUUUUUUUAUCUCUAAUCGUGUGCAGUUGUGCACUGCGCAGGGCUUAAACUUUAGGCAAUCAAUCAUCUAAAAAAAAGAUGGGGCGUUCCGAGGAUCGAACUCGGGACCUCUCGCACCCUAAGCGAGA